CCUGUGCCGGCUCCAGCCGCUUGAGGGAACACUGAGCGAAAGGUGGUUUCGGCUGCCAGCGCUACGCACAGCACAACCAACAAAUCCUCCGCUUAUUUUUCGCGGUGGGGUAAUAAACACCGGGGCAAGACGAAUGGAUGUUACGGCCAACAUGGAGUAAAGGCAGCGACUUCGAUCAUUUGAAGGAAGGAAUUGUGCGGCGGUGGAAUCGAAGCCCGGGCGUCUGAGACGUGAAACAGGUGAGCGAGCGGUACCGAGAAAUGGUGAUGUGGAGCUCAGCAACAAGUUGGAGAUGGCCCGGAUCGGUGGCGAUUUGUGCUAACUUUAAAAUGUGUGGACGGGUUUGACGCGCCGACUGUUUACUCCUCCAAUCAUGCUUUCCGUGCUUUAAAGCAGGUCAAAAAGUCGAAGUGGCCGUGAAAUGGCUGACGGAGGGAAGAGCAGUUGGUGGAAGUCGAUGACCAUGAAAAAGAAGCCGAAGGAGUUGACGGACAAGCAGGAGAGCGUGCAGUUCUCCACAGACAAAACAGCGGCCCGGGAAAAUAAACAUCCCAACCUGAUGGAGGAGAAAGAAUACUUGGACCCCAAACUGGAGAAAGGCUUUAAUGAGAAAAACACGCGCAGGAACCUGAAAAUCUCCCGCUCCGGACGGUUCAAGGAAAAGCGCAGGGUCCGAGCGACUCUGCCCGACAGCCCCAAGUUUUUUGAAGGGACGGCGAAUGGAAAUGCAAAGGAUGAAAACUAACGCACUAUCCUGUUUCUGGGGCAUCGACAUAAACACUUGUCAACAGACACUAAUGGCAAAUUUAGCAGCCCUUAAUAUAGGGGUAAUAUAAGAUAGGGAAAACCUGAAAUUAAAGUGUCAAUUUAUUUUACUUUGAAUAUUUCAUGAAUAAUGUGUUAAAUAUUUAUUUGUUGUAAUCUAGAUACCUAUUGUAGAUAGAUAGAUUUUUAUGGCUACUGUAUUAUUUUCCCCAUCAAGUCCAUCGCAGGUUCGAACCGCGGACCAGCUCUUGUCCUGGGUCAGACGUUUAUUUUGGGGGCGAGGGGAGGGAAGUAAUUCUUAAGCAAAUUUUGUUGUUGUGGCUCUGAUAAGCAAGGUCAACUUUUGAUCUGAGCAGUUGUUCGUUUGAAAUGAAAAGGAGAUUUUUUUAAAUAAAAAAAGAAAUAUUUUCA